AUGAAACGUAAAGGCGGAUUAUUGAAUUUUUGGGCAGACAAUAUCAAACCACCAGCAUCUCCAAGAAACAAUACAUCUGCUGAACAAACGUCCAUUUCUCCGUCGUCUCCGAAACCAUCUUCCGAUGUUGUUACUUCCUCAUCUUCGUCUGACAUUUCGUCUUUAACAUCUUCGUCAUCCACAUCGGCAGUCAGUCCAAAAAUCGGUGCUAAACCUUCCUUCAAAAUGCCAGCUCAACAACAACGUACAAAAGAAUUAAAUGAAGAUCAACAGCGUCAAAGAAAUAAUCAUUCUGCAUUAGAAUCUGCUUUAAACAAAAUUGUGGAAGAUCAUCCAGACGUUGCUCAAACUGUGAAACGAUUUCGUCGAGAUGAAUCACAUAGACCAUCGUUAGAAGCUGAUGAAACGGCAUUACAUCAAACGAUAUUGGAAAUAACAACACCGUAUGCGUCAGCCGAUGAUCGUCGACGAACAGAAACAUUAUGUAGUAUUAAAACAUUAGAUGAUCUUUGUAAUGAAUUAAAUAAACGUGGAUUUCAACUCAGUCCCCAAUUAUUUUUACCUGCCGCUUUUGAUUUUAGGAAAAAGACAGGUUCACACUGUGCCAGUGAAAUUAGUUCAAGCACAAAACACGGGACGAAAACAACAUUCGGACACAAAAGUUCGGACGAUAUGAUACGAGAUAGUGGUACGAAAGAUCAAAAAAUGAGGAUAAAUGAUAGAACAUUAUGA